CUUGUAUGUAUUGUUGGUUUGGGAUCUAGGGUUUCCUUCUCUUCGUCACAUCCGGAUUCACUCAACGAAUGCUUCUAUUUAACUCCUCCGGGCUCGCUUCAAGAACCUUGCUUGGCUCUCAUUUUCUUAAAUUUGAUCCAAUCAAAUCAGGGAUUCGACCACCGCCGGAAGGAAUCUUGAUUUAUAAACCCUAACAACGUCGGUCUUUUUCUCGAUUUCAUCCAUCUGUAAAUCUGGAAAAUUUGGACCGAGGAAUUUCAAAGACAAUUACAUGGAGGAGUGUGCUUACACUUGCUUGAUUAUGCACUGAAUUAUAUAUAUUUUCCCCAAAUUGACGCAUCACAUUCCGGGAAAAGAAAUUUCUAGAGUUUUCUAGUUAACAAUUCUGGAGGAGGAACAAUGUAUAGAAAACUGGUGGUGGUAUAUGAAGGGGAGAAGGUGCUGGGGGAGGCGGAGUUGCACCCUCAGGACCGCGGCGUUUUUGGGGAGGAGCUGAGGGAAAUUCGAGUAUCACAUUAUUCACGGCCAAGCGAGAGGUGUACGCCGCUCGCCGUACUUCUCAUCGCAAAUUCCGCCGGAAUAUGCUUCAAACUGGAGUCUACGACAAAGAACCAUGACUCUCCACUGUCUAAUUUGCACGCUACCUGUCUCAGAGAUAACAAGACUGCAAUAGCAUACAUUGGAGGAAGGGAGGUUCAUUUAGUUCCAAUGCAUUCUAAGAAGUACGAAGGACGGACCCCAUGCUUCUGGGGCUUCAAUUUGGCAUCAACCCUUUACGAUUCUUGUCUUCAGAUGCUGAAUCUCAGGUGCCUUAGCAUUGUUUUCGAUCUUGAUGAAACACUCAUAGUUGCGAACACACUUCGCUCCUUUGAGGACAAGAUCGAGGUAUUACAUAGAAAAAUGAGCUACGCGUCCGAUCCACUUCGAGUUUCUGCCUUGAUGGCAGAGGCUGAACGUUAUCAGGAGGAUAAGAAUUUGCUGAAGCAAUAUGCAGAAACUGAUCAGGUGAUUGACAAUGGGAAGAUUAUCAAGUCACAAUCUGAGGUGUUCCCAGCCCUGUCUGAGACUUAUCCAUCUAUUAUUCGCCCGGUUAUACGUCUUCAAGAUAGGAAUAUUAUUCUCACUCGCAUUAAUCCACUGAUACGCGAUACAAGUGUACUUGUAAGAUUACGGCCCGCGUGGGAGGAUCUUAGAAGUUACUUGAUUGCCAAAGGUCGAAAGCGAUUUGAAGUCUUUGUAUGCACAAUGGCUGAACGGGAUUAUGCUCUAGAAAUGUGGAGACUUCUUGAUCCAGAUUCGAAUUUGAUAAACUUGGGGGAGCUGUUGGGCCGCGUUGUGUGCGUCAAGUCUGGUACUCGGAAAUCACUAUGCAAUGUAUUCCAAGUUGGAAACUGCCAUCCUAAGAUGGCAUUAGUGAUUGAUGACCGCUUAAUUGUCUGGGAUGACAAAGAUCAACCGCGAGUUCAUGUGGUUCCUGCGUUUGCUCCAUAUUAUGCCCCUCAAGCUGAGGCCAACAGCACUGUACCCGUGCUCUGUGUUGUGAGAAAUGUGGCCUGCAAUGUAAGGGGUGGAUUUUUCAAGGAAUUUGAUGAGUGUCUGCUGCAUGAAAUCUCUAAAGUUGCAUAUGAAGAUGACAUUAAAGAUGUGCCAUGUUCACCUGAUGUGAAGAACUACUUGAUUUCGGAGGCGGCAAUUUCGUCAUCUUCAACUUCUCAACCUGUUCAGAACAUAGAUCCCAGAAUUUCUGCAGUGCUGCAGAGCAAGAUGCCAUCAUCUUUCUUUACCACCCCUCCAUUAAAGAUGCAGUUGCCAGCUCUGUCCUCUCCAAAUCUGCAGUAUCCUAUUGCUAGUACACAGCUUAAACCAGCAGUGGCUCAAGUCCGGCAAGCAGAAACAACCUCACUCAGUUCUCCUGCAACGGAAGAGGGCGAGGUACCUGAAUCAGAAUUAGAUCCCGACACAAGGAGGAGACUGCUGAUUCAGCAGCAUGGUCACCACAUGAAAGGACAACAUCAUGCAAAUGAAGCUCAGGUUCUUUCCCAACAACCCAUGCAAGCAUCCUUGCCUGGAAGCCAGUCAAGUGGUCGGUUUCCUGUUGAAGAAGAGUCGGGCUCGAGACAAUUGAACCGAUUUGCACAGCACAAGGAAUUCCCAUUGCCGGAAGAUACUAUCCCUAGUGAUAAGAUUCAGAUUCAACAACAAUGGUUUCCCCAGAGAAAGGAGCCAUCUACACCACUUGGUGGAGUUGUCCAUGAAAGCCCGAGGUUACCGAAGAGAGAAGAACAAUCCAAACAAAAUCAACUACUACCUCCUAUGCAUUCUUUGUCUGCCAACAAAGAUUCUGAUCUUGAAGCAGGACAAAUUAGUCUGCAUUCUGAAACAUGUACUGGAGCAUUGCAGGAAAUUGCAUUUAAAUGUGGAGCAAAGGUGGAAUUCAAACAAACUCUUGUCUCGAGUGCGGAGCUGCAGUUCUUUGCGGAGGUUUUGUUUUCUGGGGUGAGAAUUGGUGAAGGAUUUGGUAGAACAAGAAGAGAAGCACAACGUCAGGCUGCUGAAGGAUCACUUCUAUAUUUGGCUGAUAAAUACCUCUCGCAGCUUGGACCUGAUGCCAAUCCCUUGCGACUUGAGUCAUCACCGAAGGAAGGGAGUAUGAACCUAUCAAUGCUACCUUCACGGCAAAAGAUUCUGGACCCAAGAAUUGAGGCCUCCGAGAAGCAAUUGGGUUCCAUUGCUGCUCUUAAGGAGUUAUGCACAUCGGAAGGGCUGAGUAUAUCAUUCCAAGCCCAACCUCCGGUCUUGGCUAAUCCCGGCCAGAAAGUUGAAGUCCAUGUACAGGUUGAAAUUAAUGGGCAAGUCUUGGGCGCGGGAGCCGGGCUAACAUUGGAUGAGGCUAAAUCACAGGCUGCUGAAAAGGCCAUGGGAGCCGUGCAAUCCAUGGUGGCUCAGGUCCCUCAGAGGCAUCAAGGUUCACCAAGAUCCAUGCAGGUCAUGCCAAACAAAAGGAUGAAACCAGACCCGUCUAGAGUGCAUCGGCAAGUGCCAUCAUCGGGCAGGUAUCAAAAGCUUGGAUCACCUGUACCAUGAAAUCUUCAUUUCCUGCUUUGUUGUGUAACCCCUGCACAAAGUUGUAUGACAUAGGCGACAAAUGCCCCUGAAGUUAGGUGGCUGUUGUUUAAAUGAGCAGAGAGCCCAUUGGCCAAGCUUACAUUUUUUCGUUCUUUUUGUUUCUUUGGGAGUUUGUUGAAGAAGAGAUCUGUUUUUCUUUUGGGUGCUGGAGAUUCACCAGCUCCCGCUUAGUUUGAAAAUUGGGUAUUGUUUUGGGGGACAAAAUGCAAAAUUGUUGUAUUCCCCCUUUUUUGUUUCUAGUGUAAAUAAUUGAAGCAAGCAUUGAUUCAAGGGAUUUCAUAGAAAGUAUUGCUAAUGUUGCUGGUGUUCUUCCGACGCUGCUGAAUUGGUUCUGUCAUUAUUAUGUACAGAUGGGGAAAUUGGCUUGGGAUGUUACCCUUUUU